AUGGACGCUCCCCCACCUUAUGGACGCUCCCCCACAUUAUGGACGCUCCCCCACCUUAUGGACGCUCCCCCACCUUAUGGACGCUCCCCCACCUUAUGGACGCUCCCCCCACCUUAUGGACGCUCCCCCACCUUAUGGACGCUCCCCCCACCUUAUGGACGCUCCCCCCCACCUUAUGUCUGUCCCAAACCCUCCUUCAGUCAGGUGGAUGGACGCUCCCCCACCUUAUGGACGCUCCCCCACCUUAUGGACGCUCCCCCACCUUAUGGACGCUCCCCCCACCUUAUGGACGCUCCCCCCACCUUAUGGACGCUCCCCCACCUUAUGGACGCUCCCCCACCUUAUGGACGCUCCCCCACCUUAUGUCUGUCCCAAACCCUCCUUCAGUCAGGUGGAUGGACGCUCCCCCACCUUAUGUCUGUCCCAAACCCUCCUUCAGUCAGGUGGAUGGACGCUCCCCCACCUUAUGGACGCUCCCCCACCUUAUGGACGCUCCCCCACCUUAUGGACGCUCCCCCCACCUUAUGGACGCUCCCCCACCUUAUGGACGCUCCCCCACAUUAUGGACGCUCCCCCCACCUUAUGGACGCUCCCCCACCUUAUGGACGCUCCCCCACCUUAUGGACGCUCCCCCACCUUAUGGACGCUCCCCCACCUUAUGGACGCUCCCCCCACCUUAUGGACGCUCCCCCACCUUAUGGACGCUCCCCCCACCUUAUGGACGCUCCCCCACCUUAUGGACGCUCCCCCACCUUAUGGACGCUCCCCCACCUUAUGGACGCUCCCCCACCUUAUGGACGCUCCCCCACCUUAUGUCUGUCCUAA